GUCUUCGAAGAUGUAAAAAAAAAACUAUCUUUGUGUGUUUUCGAGUUCCUCCAACGUUGUUCGUGUCAUGGCAGCUGUUUGGCAACAAGUUCUUGCAUUGGAUGCUAAAUAUAAUGCCUACCGAGCACCAAACAGUCCUCAUUUCCGGACACUCUAUAUCAGAAGACGGAGUCAGUUGCUAAGGGAAACAGCCAAAGUAGGUGAUCGGGAUCCCAAUGUCAGAAGAGAUUAUCUCCGUCUUCGAAGCCAGCUCCUCACUGCACGAUAUGGAAGUCCAGCUUUCUCGGAUCAAAGCAGUUUACGUAGCCGUGCUUUGAGUUUACGCAGUCUCAGCAGGAACACAGUUGAAGUAAGUUCUAUUGGAUCCAGUAGCAAAAUGAGGCUUCACAGGAGCCUGGAUUCUGGUGGACCUGUCAGCAGGAAGCAAUGGCACCAGUUAAAGCAUGUCUACGACAGUUCAAUGAAACAUAUUUAUGACAGUAUCGAAUUGGUACCAUCAAGUGUAGCAGAGGCCAGUAGUUUUGCACCUAUAUUUGAACAGCCUGAUUGUGAGGAGAGGGCAAUGGCUGGAGGGAAGAGUGUGUCAGAGAAUUACGCUUUUGCAGGAAUGCAUCAUAUUUUUGAUCAACAUGCUGCUUCUGUUACCAGUGUCAAAUUUGCCAAUGAUGAUAAAUCGAGGGUAGCAUGUUCAUCCACAGACGGUACUCUAUCCAUCUGCCAACUCAUACCACCUCCAGCAACAGUCAUUUGCAUGUUACGGGGUCACGGCAGUGGGAUAACAGAUUUUUCUUGGUCCUCAUCAAAUGACAUCAUCCUCUCCGUUUCCUUGGAUGGUACAGCUCGUCUGUGGGAUGUGGCAGCGGGCAGCUGCAUCCGUGUCAUUGAAGACGGCAGUGGGGCUGAGCUGCUCUGCUGCCAUUUCCAGCCAUUAAACAAUAACAUGUUUGUUACGGGGAGCAAUCGCGGCCACGUACAAGUUAUGAAUGUUUCCACUGGUCAGUGCUGUAAGGGUGGAUCAGGGAAAGCUGCUGGAAGAAUCCUAACUCUAGCAUUCGACUCCAAUGGACGUAUUUUAUGGACUGGAGAUGACAAAGGUUUCAUUUUCUCGUUCCUGUUUGAUAUUGCAACUGGAAAAUUAGCAAAAGGACGAAGAAUAACUGUGUGUGAAAACAGAACAGUUACCAGCAUUUCAGCAAGAAGUUGGAUCAAUAGGGAAGCCAGAGACCCAUCGUUAUUGGUUAAUUGUGCUGUUAAUUAUUUGUUUUUAUUCAGCAUCAUAUCAGAAGAUGGUGGUUUGCAACUGAAAAGAAAGUUUCCGAUCAAACACAGAACGGCUCAUGUUAAAAGUACAUUUUGUCCUCUGAUGUCCUUCAGACAAGGUGCAUGUGUCAUUUCUGGAAGUGAAGAUAUGUGUGUCUACUUUUUUGACAUUGCAAAAGAGAACAAAUCUUGUGUAAAUAAACUUCUUGGACAUUCUGCUCCGGUACUCGAUGUUUGCUUUAACUAUGAUGAAAGUCUGCUGGCUUCCUGCGAUGCGAAUGGCAUGGUUAUUAUUUGGAAGCGAGAAGGGAAACAGGGAACUUUGUAAAAACAUAAAUCUAUAUAUAUAUAUAUGAUGCUUCAACUUUACUUCCAUCCUUUAAAAUGUUAAAAAAAAAUGUAUGAAGGAUGAACCAGAAGAGCCAUAAAUUGAUAUGGUUAAAAAAAAAA